AUGGCAAGCACAACCACCGCACUCGUCCUCCAUGGCGCCAAAGACCUCCGCCUGGAACAACGUUCUAUCUCCACCCCAUCCAGCACAGAAGUCCAAGUCGCCAUCCGAGCAACCGGAAUCUGCGGCUCAGACCUCCACUACUACAGCCACGGCCGCAAUGGCGACUUCGUCGUCCGCUCACCAAUGUGUCUGGGCCACGAAUCCGCCGGCACAGUAACAGCCGCCGGCACCUCCGUCUCAUCCCUGAAAGUCGGCGACCGAGUCGCUCUCGAAGUCGGUCUCCCAUGUCGCACCUGCGCACUCUGCAAACAAGGCCGCUACAACAUCUGCAAAGCCAUGCAAUUCCGCAGCUCGGCAAAGAGCUUCCCCCACCUCGACGGCACACUGAUGGAACGUACGAACCACCCAGCAGAUAUGUGUCACCUCCUCCCAGACAGUGUCUCCGAUGCAGGCGGUGCGCUCGUUGAGCCGCUCGCUGUCACGCUGCACGCUGUGCGGCGCUCACACCCACCUAGCAAGGAGGAAGUAGCGCAGAACCGCGCAGCUGGGGAGGAGACCGCUGCGUUGGUCUUCGGCGCCGGCGCAAUUGGUCUCCUGCUUGCUGGAGCGUUGGCUGCUAGUGAGAAUUUCACGACGAUCGUCGUUGCUGAUAUCGAUGCGCGGAGAUUGAAGAUCGCGGAGGAGAUGGGACUUGGUCUGAAGACUGCUCUUAUUUCUAGAGCGGAGACACCGCCUCCUGCGAAGGACGCGCCUCAUGCUGAGCAGACUGCCUAUGCGCUGGAGAAUGCGCAGAAGGUUGCGGCUACGUUGGUUGAGGCGGUUGGUGCCAAGGAUGGACUUGUCGUUCCUGGAUUCAGUCGUGUUUAUGAUUGUACUGGUGUGCCAGCUUGUGUACAGGCUGGUAUCUAUGCUAGUGCGCCUGGUGGUGUGUUGGUGCAGAUUGGCAUGGGGAAUCCUAUCCAGACGCUGCCUGUUGGUGCGGCGGCGCUGCGCGAGGUGGAUAUCAUUGGUGUGUUCCGCUAUGAUGGAAAUGCAUACCCUGCUGCUAUUGCGCUGCUGGCUAGUGGGAAGAUGAAGAGUGUUGAGGAGAAGGUUGUUACGCAUAGGCUUACCUUGGAGGAGGGCGAGCGGGCGUUUACACUUGCUGGAAACGGUGUUGAUGAGGAGGGGAACCCUGUUGUGAAGGUUGUCAUUGAGAGCCGACGACGCUCUAGCGGCUCUUUGUAA